AUGGAGCUUGCCCUUGCGGCCCUGAUUGCGGUGCCACCAGCAGUAUACUUCGCGGGCCAGAGAUCGCAAGCUGCUGUGGCGGCGAAGUGGGCCUGCCUGGGAGAGUUCAAGGCCCUCAAUGACCACGCUGCUGUUGUUCAGAAGCAUUUCUCGAAGGAGAGAGGAACCGUUCUCCUCAUCGGAAGCAGCGGCUUCGUUGGGGUCCGCAUUCAAGACCUCCUCGUUGAGGCAGCAGCAACGCACAAGGCAGCCUUGAACCUCGUCUGCGUGGACAUCAACCCCCCGAAGCACAUGCGAGAGGACAUGGUGUACUUCACCGGUGACCUGCGUGAGCCGAAGCACAUGGAAAGAAUCUACGAGGCCAUGAAGAGCCACGGUUUCCCCAUCAAGGCUACGAUCCACCUGGCAUCGAUCAUACCCUUUUUGGGCAUCCCCGCAAGCUUCAUCACCCGCGUCAACGUGGAUGGCCUCCAAGACUCCGUGCAGACGGCCAAAAAGCACGGCGCCACGGGCUUCCUGUACACCUCCUCGGCCACCUGCAUCCUGGACGGGGCGAAUGAUGCGCCAGCCGACGGAGUCGACGAGGAUGCGCCAUAUCCAGCUGUCAACAUGGACACGUACACGACCACCAAGGUGGCGGCGGAGAAGAUCGUCAGCGCGGCUCACGCGCCGGGGUUCUUUACCGCGGUUGUGCGGCCGUCGGGAAUCAUCGGCCCUGGUGACAAAGUGCUCUACGACAAGCUCUCCAAGGGUGAAGACAACAAAUGGAUUCAGGGAAAGGGCAAUGGCGAGAGUCUGCUGGACAUGGUGGGUGUUGAUGCCGUUGCUCUUGGUCACAUUAUGGCCGUGAAUGAGUUAAUCAAGGCAGAUGGGACUCUUCAGAGGCCGCAAACAACGAUCAUCAACUUGUCUGCUGGGAAGGGGAUUCAAUACAAACACAUGAUCGGCAGCGAAGUUGAGAAGGAUGGUAAAAGCUAUUGGGGACAACCUCCCGCUCAGCCCGUGCCAGCAAAAGUUGUAUCGUGUCUCGCUGGCAUAAACGAGACCUGGUGCAGCAUUUUCGGCAAAGCUCUGCUUAGCCCAUACCUUGCACGUGUCAGCCUGGACUUCACGCAACGCACAUACAUCUUUUCCAACAAGAGGGCGCGCGAUCUGCUGGGAUGGCAACCUGAGGAUGACGACAUCAAGGAUACCAUGCGAAAAUACCUGAGCCGAGAUCCAUCCUGCCAGAAGGUCUGA